GCUCUUCAAUUCCACCGAUGUGAUCAUCUUCGAUUGAGUGGACUUACUCAUAUAAACAGCCCACGAUCCCAUAUUGGUAUAGGCACAAGCAAUGACGUGGAUAUCUCCCAUCUUACUAUAAUUGCACCUGAUGAAAGUCCAAACACUGAUGGAAUUAACGUCGCAAACUCAACCUAUGUCUAUAUUCAUGACUCUAAAAUUGGAACUGGUGAUGACUGCAUUGCACUCAGUACUGGUUCUUCCAAUGUUAGGAUCGCCAAGAUUGCGUGCGGACCAGGUCAUGGAAUUAGUGUGGGAAGCUUAGGAGAAGAUGGGGCUUAUGCUGCAGUGGAAAAUGUAUACGUGAGAGAUUGUAGUUUUAAUGGAACUCAAAAUGGAGCAAGAAUCAAGACAUGGCCGGGUGGAUCCGGAUAUGCUAGGAAUAUAACCUUUGAGAACAUCACACUUACCGCAACUAAAAACCCCAUCAUUAUUGACCAACAAUACUGCAACGGUGCUCACGAUUGCGCAAAGCAGAGCAAAGCUGUGCUGGUGAGCAAUGUGAGAUUCACUGGUUUUAGAGGAACUUGUGGUAAUGAGGAGGCCAUCAAAUUAGACUGCAACCGCAUCUCGGGUUGUCAAAACAUUGAACUGGUGAAAAUUAAUAUCACCUCAACGGUUCCAAGUAAGAAGGUUUAUGCAAGUUGCAACAAUGCCAAAGGAAAUUCCGGCUCUACUGUGCCCACUGUAUCUUGCCUCAAGUAUCCCACUCGUCCAUUCAUCUAACUCUCAGACUUGUAGUUCCUUGAGGGAAAAAAAAAACAAAAAAACAAAAAAUAAAGGCCUUGUAAGGAGAAAAAUAAACUA